AAAAAAAAAUGGCGACACAACUAACAGUUUUGGCUGAUUUGUUUCCAUGAAUAAGAAAUAAUUUUUUAUUUUUUGUGGAGUUAUGGGUGAAUUUCCUUAUAGAAUUGAUUUGAAUAAAAGAAUAUAUAAAAUAAAAUAUAUUGUUCCUAAAAAUUAAAAAUUUAUCAGUAUUUUGUGAACGUGGAUUACUUCUUUUUUUUAUUAUCGAAACAUUUUGAAGGUUAAAAUUCACGAGAUAGCAAAUACAUCGACUCAUAUACAGAAAUUAUUUUGACGUGAGAAAUACGACACAUAUCUAGAAUUACAAAUAGAUAAAAGGAUUCAAAAAAACAAAAAAAAAAAAAGAAUGAGUAGCCUUCGUGUAAGAGAACUCGAGAAAAAGGGAAUUGUAUUCAAUAUCUCAAAACCUGAUUUAUCAUCAAAAAUAAUAUUACCAUAUGAGUGUUUUGUUUGUGGAUGUAAAUUACGCUCAGAAGGAAAUGCCAUAACACAUUCCAAUAAUCCAUAUCACAUUCAACAAUUCAAUCGUUUUAAUCAAUUUUUUAAUAUUGUCCUGCCAUUAAAAAAUGGUAAAGUUAAACUUUUAUGUAAAUUUUGCAACGGUCAACCAACAUGGGAUGAAUCAAAAGAACACAUACAAAAACAUAAUAUUGUCUCAUGGCUGAAACCAGAUAAUUUGUCACACACAUUCUUUCGACAUUUUGUUUCUCAACAUCGUAGUACAGUAUUCAAAUGUAAUUUAUGUAAUUAUCUUUAUGGCACUUGGUUUCAUGCAAUUGAUCAUUUAAAAGAUUCGCGACAUUUAAAAAAUUGGAAUCUAACAUCUGCAUCGACGGCAAAAUAUACUCACUAUGAAAAUAGUGAUGAACAAUUCAAUCAAUUAAUUUGUAAUCGCAUUUUCAUUGGUGAUUCAAAAUUAUAUCAUUGUCAUGUUUGUAAUUUGUCAUUUAAUAAUUUUCAAGAUACAAUUUCACACAUUGAUAGUAUUGAGCACAAAAAUCUUCUUCUAAGAGAUACAAAUUUGAUUUUUCAAUUUAAAUCACAAAUUCCCAAACAUUUGACAUGGCUCACUACUUCAAAUAUGUUUAUUGUUAUGAAAGACAAAAUUUAUUGUAAAAUAUGUGACGUUUAUUUCACCGAACUCUCUGAAAUAACACCCCACAUGGCAACACAUAAAACAGUUCAACAAGAAACUAAUCCAAAUAAAAAUCAACAAAAAGAAAUACAAAAAGACUCUCAAUCAAAACAAAAUUCAAUGAACAUUAAUCAAAAAUCAAUACCAAUAUCUCAAUGUAAAUUAAAAAUUCCUCAAUAUCUUCAUUGGGUUAUAACUGGUCACAAAGUACUUGUGACACAUUUAAAUUUAUAUUGUACAAUUUGCAAAAAAUUAUUAACCAAUAACAGCGCUGUUGAAUGUCAUCUUCAAAAACAUUUGGAAUCAUCAUGGCAAAAAGUUCAUUUACCAGCUGGUUAUCCCACAGAACCUCCACCACCAGGAACAGAAAUCUCAAGAACAUUAGGAAAAUCAAGAUGGAAUGACAUUACAACAGAUAAUAAAUCACCAACUAAAACAGAAACAAACAUCACAAGAACAUCAGGAAAAACAAGAUGGAAUGAUAUUUCUGAUAAUAAUACAAAAAUACAAACAAUCGACCUAACAGAUGACACUAAAGAUAAUAAUUUAUCUUUAACGAAAUGCAAAUUAAAAAUUCCCGAUAAUCUCAAAUGGAUUAUUAAUGCACACAAUGUGGUUCUAAAUGAAAAAUAUAUAUAUUGUACAAUUUGCAAAAAAUCCAUGUACGACAAUACAUCAGUGGAAAAUCAUCUCAAAAAACAUCUCAAUCCAGCUUGGCAAAAAAUUCACUUACCAACGGGUUCAAUGGAAAAAAUGCAAAUAACCGAUUCUUCAUCAUCAUCAUCAUCAUCAUUAUCAUCGCCAAGCGUUUCAGGAACAACAAAAAGAACGGCCACCAAUUCAAUAGACACGGAACAAACAAAAAUACAAAAAAUCGAUUCAAUGAAUUCAAAAUCAACAUUCAAAAAUGUUGGUAAUUCUAUACAAAUUGUACCACAAUCAUCGGGAAAUUCAGGAAAUCAUCCUCCAGUUUUAUUAACUGCCAAUGCAUCUAAAAUUAAACCACGUCCUUCUAUUAAUACCAGACCAAAUCUCGUCGAUUUAAUGAAACAAAGUAUUCCUUCAUUAUUGAUAAAUUCUCUUCCAACACCGCCUAUUCAAUGGACAACGGAAAAUAAAUCUAAUAGUAAUUCCAAAAUUAAUCAAGACUGUCAAAUAACAGUCGAGAAAAUUAAGCCUAAACCACCAAUGAAUUCAUUUCCUGUCAGUAAACCCCCAAUGAAACCUCUUAUUAAUCCUUCCACAAAUCCAAUGGAUAAAAAUUUCAUAAAUCAACAAUCAUCACAUUUUAAUAAUUUUUCUCCAAAUCCUGAAACUUUAAAUAAUUAUCCUAUGAAUCAACAAAUUUCAAAUAAUCAUCAACAAACAUCGAUUAAUCAAUUAAAUUCUGAUAAUUUUAGAAAUCCAUUUAUUAAAUCACUUCAACAAUCAUCUAAUCAAACAUUAAAAAGAACACCGCAAUUACCAUCGCAAAAUCAUCUUUUAAAUACAACAAUAAUGACAAAAUUACAUAAAGCAAAUUAUUUAUCAUUUACAAAAAAUGAAAUUUAUAUAAUGUCAAUGGAAAAAAAGAGAAAAAUAAUUCUCAGUUCGUAUCUUUCAUUUUUUGUUAAAUAUGCACAGGAAUAUUUUAUUUAUUGUGUUGUUUGUGAAAAAAGUAUGCCAUAUAAUUUACAAAAUAUUUAUGAACAUUGGUGUUCAAUGCAACACAAUGAAUAUUUAACAAAACUUGAGGAUGAUGAUAAACAAUUUAAUAAUUAUCCAAAUCAAUUUAGUUGUCUUGCAUUGUCAAAAGAAUUUAUGGUUGACAAUCAAAGUUCAUCAUCUGAAUCUGCAACGAAUUUAAAAUUAUUUACAUGUUGCGCAUGCGAUAUUACUGUUCCCGAUCAGGAUGCAAUGUUACAACAACAUUUUCAAUGUGAAAAACAUCGAAUGAAUGUUGAACGUUUUAAAAGACAUUCAGAGGAGAUUUGUAAGGAAAUAUUUCCACUUGUUGAAAGUAGUUGGUAUUGUAUUGAAAAAUAUUCAUGUUGGCCAUGUGAAAAAUUAUUUUCAAGUGAAAUAUUAUUUGCUGAACAUUUGGAGAAUAAAAAACAUUUAAAUAUAUUGCAAGCAAUGAAUAUUGAUGAGAGGAAAAAUUAUUAUUUUGAUUCUUGUGCUGUUUGUGGAUUACUUUGGUUUGGCGAUUGUAAUGAAUAUACAAAACAUUGUCAUCAGGAUAAUAUUCAUAAGGAUUUGACGAGAAAUAUUGAAGAUAGAAUUGAUUUUAUGCCUGAAGAAGUAAAUUAUUUAUUUAGUUCGUUGGAGAAUUUAAUUUCAGAAUUAAUGUCGGAAGUUGAUAAAGUACGUUUUGAUCAGGGAAAAGAGAGUGAAUUAAUAAGAAGUCUUGAACUUGCUGUGAGAAGAAAAUUUCCUGAAGCCAAAGCCUAUCCUUUUGGUUCAAGGGUCACUGGUUUGGGACUCAUGAAUAGUGACAUUGAUAUUUUUCUCGAUUGUGGUGGUUUUUAUAAUGGAAAUUUUGAACAACACAUUGAUUUAAUUGAUAAAAUUCAUCACUGUUUAAAACUUGAUUCGCAAGCAUGGAGCGUCGAAAGAGUAAUUGAGACUAGUAGAACUCCAAUAAUAAAAGUUUAUCACAGUCAUUCUCAAUUGAAAUGUGAUGUUUCUUUUUCAAAUGGAUUAAGCGUUGAAAAUACAAAAUUAUUAAAAUGCUACCUUGAUGCUUAUCCUCAAUGCAAGGAAAUGAUACUUUUCAUCAAAAAAUGGCUUUCAUUAUGUCAUAUGUCAGGAUCACGUCACAUUACAAAUUAUGCAAUGUCAUGGUUUGUGAUUUUUUAUCUACAAACAAAAAAACUUUUACCUAGUGUUGCUUCUUUGAUGAAAGACAAUCCCCGUCCAAGAUCCAUUUUUGGAUGGCCAGUUGGUUGCAGAGAAUUCACAGUUUCAAAAUCAUCACUAGCAAUAAAGUCAAGGGAACUCUUGAGAGGAUUUUUCUCUUUUUACGCUACAUUCGAUUAUAGAUUUAAUAUAGCGUGUCCACUUUUAGGUGAAAUUGUGCCGAAAAAAGAAUUUUUACAUUUACAAUCAUUACCAAAUGAAAUGAAACCAUAUGUUGAACUUGUAUUCAAUGAAAGUGAUCCCGAAUUUUUCCGUAUCGAUUCGCCAAUGUGUAUUCAAGAUCCCUAUGAUCUUUCACAUAAUCUCACAAAGGGUGUGAAAAAAGUUAUUGUCAAUCGUUUUAGAAAAUUGUGCACAAAAAGUAUUCGACUUCUUUCAUAAUGUUUUUAAAAACACUUUAUUAUUAUUAUUAUUUUUUUUAAAAUUAUUCUAAGGAAACAAUUUUGUUUAAAAUUUUCUAUUUUAAAAUAUAAUUAAAUUAUAUAUUUUUUAUUAUAACUUUAGUUAUUAUAUAUAUAUAUUUCUUAAGACACUGUACGAUAUUAUAUUAUGAAAAAUAAUAAAUAGUUUGUUAAAAAAAAAAUUAAUGAACUUGAGAAAUGAAAAAACUUUAAUGAUUUUAUUUUGGACAAAAAAAAUACAGGCAAAAUACGUCAUUAUGCGUAUGUGUCAAAUAAAAAAUCGGAAUACAAUAUAAUAUUGUCGUUACCGUAGUAACAUUAAUAAUUAUAAUUUAUUUACACGUUAUCAUUCAAUUCUAAAUAUUUUCUCUAUAACAGUCAUUCAUCAUCAAGCACUCGGAAAUUAUUGUUUUUUUUUUUUU